UCCUGACCUGCUCAAUUUUCAUCUUAAUUACAGAAACAUGAAAGCAUACAGGAAAUCCUGCAUGACCUUAUGAAUACCUGUGCUAAUUGAGUCCCUGGCUCGGUACUGGGAGCACAGCAAGAUAAUAACACAGAGUUUUGUCUGGGAAAUACAAAUCUGACAAUGGAGUGGAAAGGGAAAUGCUCCAAAUUUCAGAUAUCCACAUUUCUAGAAAGCAGAAAUGACCAUGACUGCCAACAAGAACAGCAGUGUCAACAGCAGAGCUGGAGGGAGUAAAGUGCCUCAGGACACUCUGGAUAGGUGCCAGUCAGCCACUCUGCCACCCUUGUUGUCCCCACAGAGAAGCCCUGCCUACCCCCUCAGCGACAGCGAGGACUCUUCUCGCUCUACCGGGCUCUCCAAAGUCUCCGGCUCCCGGCUGUGCCUGCAGGACCGGAGCAGCCGCGCGUCCCCGCUGCGCAGCAGCUCCACGAGCCCUUCGGACACCGACUGCCCGAGCCACCCCCUCAAAGCCAUCAGCGUGGGUGCUCUGGACAAAAGGCUCUCCGUGUUCAGGGCUGACCAAAAGGAGAGGCCACAUGAGGCUCAGGAUGGGGAGGCGAUAGGGAGCCAUCCACUCGCCCGCAGCACUCUGUCCUUGGGCACUGCCAGCAAAUUGAGGACCCUGUCCACCAGCAGGGUGAGCGUCCGCUCGCAGGCGCUGGACAUCAGGCAGAAGAUCUCAGAAUGGGAAUGUCGCCGGGAGCUGUCCCCCAGGACCAGCGUGUGCAUGGACAAGAGGGAUGCUGGGGAGAGGUCGGGCAGUGAGAGCUGCCCCAGCGUGCUCACCUCUCCCUGCAGCGACAAGACCUUUGAUUUCAAAGGGCUCAGAAGGAUGAGCCGAACAUUUUCCGAGUGCUCUUACCCAGAAACAGAGGAGGAGGAACUGCUGGACAGGGAUUCCUGCCAUCGGUUUGAAAAGAGACCGGGCAGGAGCGAACCUCCUUCUUCCACUUUCCUUAAGAGCCACGUGAGGAAAGAGUCCUCUGCUGUGCUCAACAGAAUCCAGAAGAUCGAGCAGGCACUGAAGGAGCAGUCGGGCAGAGGCCUCCCCCAGCUACCGAGUAGCUGCUACAGUGUUGAUAAAGGGAGGAAAAAGUCUGGAACUCUGAGUACUGUGGAGGGACUGAGCGAAACCCUGAGCGAUAGCAAAGGAGGGAGUGUUAUUUUGGGGAGCGAACCAGAAACACCUCCCGAUGCUGAGAAAAGCAGUAAAACAAAACAGGGGCUCGCUGCAAACUCAGCUGGCCCCAAAGCGCUCCUGGAAAGCGCGGCCAGCAGCGCCGUGAAUCCCGUCCCCAAACCCAAACGCACCUUUGAGUACGAGGCGGACAAAUCCCACAAAAGCAAAGCCAGCAAUGGCUUACCUCCAUCUCCCACCCCUGCUGCUCCUCCUCCCCUCCCGUCCACUCCUGCACCCCCCGUCACCAGGAGGCAGAAGAAAGAGUCGCGCUUCCACAGAAAAUCCCAGAAUAGAAAAUCCUUCGAGUUUGAGGAUGCCUCAAGCCUGCAAUCCCUCUACCCUCCCUCCCCGACUGAAAAUGGAACUGAGAGCCAGCAUAAAUUUGGAUCCAAGAGCACUUUAGAAGAAAAUGCCUAUGAAGACAUUGUAGGCGAGUCACCCAAGGAAAACCCGUACGAGGAUGUGGAGCUGAAAGGGCGACACGCGGGGCGAAAAUCGCACCAGCUGUCCGAGAAUUCCCUCGACUCCCUGCACAGGAUGUGGACGCCGCAGAGCAGGAAAUACCCGGCACCUGCGCAGCUGCCCUCCAAGGCCAGCAGCCACUCCCUGCGCGUCGGCAACUGGUCAGAGAGGAAAAGCCACCGCCUGCCACGGCUGCCCAAGAGGCACAGCCACGAUGACAUGCUGCUGCUGGCUCAGCUGGGCAUCCCCUCGUCCCCCUCCAGCCUCAACGAGGACAGCCUGAGCACUGCCAGCGAGCUGCUGUCCACACGGCGAGCCAGGAGGAUCCCAAAGCUUGUCCAAAGAAUCAAUUCCAUCUACAGUGCAAAAAGAGGGAAAAAACGACUGAAGAAACUUUCUAUGUCCAAUAUUGAGACAGCAUCCCUACGAGAUGAGAACAGCGAGAGUGAGAGUGACUCAGAUGACAGGUUUAAAGCUCAUACCCAGCGCCUUGUACACAUCCAGUCAAUGCUGAAGAGGGCUCCAAGCUAUCGAACCCUGGAACUGGAGCUCAUUGAGUGGCAGGAACGGGAGUUAUUUGAGUAUUUUGUGGUAGUGUCCCUGAAAAAGAAGCCCUCUAAAAACACUUACCUCCCAGAAGUGACAUACCAGUUUCCCAAGCUGGAGAGACCAACCAAGCAGAUGAGGGAGGCAGAGGAGCGCCUCAAGGCUAUCCCACAGUUCUGCUUCCCUGAUGCCAAGGACUGGCUCCCCGUGUCUGAGUACAACAGUGAGACCUUCUCUUUCAUGCUGACGGGGGAGGAUGGGAGCCGGCGGUUCGGGUACUGCAGGAGGCUCUUGCCCAAUGGGAAAGGCCCACGCCUACCUGAAGUUUACUGUGUCAUCAGCCGCCUGGGGUGCUUUGACUUAUUUUCCAAGAUCCUGGAUGAGGUUGAAAGGAGAAGGGGAAUAUCUGCUGCCCUGGUUUAUCCAUUUAUGAGAAGUCUGAUGGAAUCUCCUUUUCCUGCACCUGGAAAGACAAUCAAAGUCAAAACCUUCCUGCCUGGAGCUGGAAAUGAGGUCAUCGAGCUGCGGAGGCCCAUGGACUCCCGCCUGGAGCACGUGGACUUCGAGUGCCUGUUCGGGUGCCUGAGCGUGCGGCAGAUCAUCCGCAUCUUCGCCUCCCUGCUGCUCGAGCGCCGCGUCAUCUUCGUGGCAGACAAGCUCAGCACCCUGUCGAGCUGCUCCCACGCUGUAGUGGCCCUGCUGUACCCCUUCUCCUGGCAGCACACCUUCAUUCCUGUCCUGCCCUCAUCCAUGAUUGACAUCGUGUGCUGCCCUACCCCCUUCCUGGUGGGACUGCUCUCCAGCUCUCUGCCCAAACUCAAGGACCUGCCCGUAGAGGAGGCUUUGAUGGUUAACCUGGGAUCUGAUCGAUUCAUCAGACAGAUGGAUGAUGAAGACACACUAUUACCUAGAAAAUUGCAAGCUGCUCUGGAGCAGGCUCUAGAGAGAAAGAAUGAACUGAUAAAUCAGGAUUCAGAUAGUGAUUCAGAUGAUGAAUGUAACACCCUGAAUGGAUUAGUGUCUGAGGUUUUUAUCCGAUUCUUUGUGGAGACAGUUGGCCAUUAUUCCCUGUUCCUAACCCAGAAUGAAAAAGGAGAGCGUGCCUUCCAAAGGGAGGCUUUCCGUAAAUCUGUGGCCUCCAAGAGUAUCCGCCGCUUCUUGGAAGUUUUCAUGGAAUCCCAAAUGUUCGCUGGCUUCAUCCAGGACAGAGAGCUGAGGAAAUGCAGGGCUAAAGGGCUCUUCGAGCAGAGGGUGGAACAGUACUUGGAGGAGCUCCCGGACACGGAGCAAAGCGGAGUGAACAAGUUCCUGCGAGGUCUCGGUAACAAAAUGAAGUUCCUCCACAAGAAGAACUAGCUCCUUCCUGCUGAAACACCAAAGCCUAUUUAUUGAUGGCACUGUGUGAGACACCUGCGGCGCUGGAGUGCGGAACGGGAGGAGAGGAGCGAGCUGACAGCAGCUCCAGGCCAUGGCCCAUGGAUGCUGUGUCACUGUGCCACGCCACGGCUCCUCCGUGCAUUUGGGUAGAGUUUGUACAUAAUGUGCUGUAAGCUUUUGUAACUGAUUUUGUAAUGAGCGAGAAAACUGUGGUAAAUAUUUGUAUAUUCCUGAGAAUACCAGGUGCUUGUUUUUUGUUUUUUUUUUUUUUCUUUAGUAUGAGUUGAGUUAUGCUUGGUGCAAAAACGAGUAGCUGGUUAUGUGCAGCUGACUGUCUCGGCAGAACCACUGACUUCAAGGGAUGUUUGAUGCCUGAACGCUGCGGGUGAAUGAGCUCGGGUACGUGGGAGAGGUUGUACACACGGGGCCGCUCUCGUGUGGCACAGGCGCUUGUCUGGCUGCUUGUUUCCUUCAAAUGAAUUUUAAAGCAGAAAUAACAAAGUAACUUGAUAAUAAGGUACUUGGUUCACGUGACAGAACCUCCACUUGGUUUGAACUCUGGUCAGUAAACUCCUUAUAACCCAUUCUGCACUAAGACUGCUAAGCCUGGGGGGAUCUCAGCUCUCUGACUUGCAAGCUGCAGCGAGUAGGUACAGUACAGCCUUUCCUAAUGUAUGUAUGUAUGGAUCCUAAUAAACUCUGUAAAUAGA